ACUGAGUUGGCAAAUCCACGUUUACAAGCGGCUAUUCCAAAGGGCUAAAAAAGAGCCGUAUCUGUUGCUAUAUCUGCAGUCGAAUUACUCCAACGGCUUAUAGGUGACGCUAUCACAAGGGCUUAUCGUAUAUCUUACCUCGAGAUUGGAAUGCGACUUCGCUAAGAUGUCAAUAUGUCAAUAAUUCGCCGGAUACAUCUCUAGUAUGUUAGUGUAUGCCUUAAUUGUGGUUGUGGAUCAAUAUUGAUUUAAAAGUGAAGUCACGCAUCGUUUCCCGAAGAUAUUAUACUAUUACAAAAGCGGUGAGGCCGCCAAGCUAGCAGAGACCACGAAGUCGGGGAUAUGAUCGUUUGAAAGUGUUUAAAGUGGCUAAGUGAAGAUGAGACAGCAUCAAGCUGUCCCCGUCUGGUUGUCGGGUCAAUUUUAUAACCAACUACUUAUCGACUAUGAUUCGUUCAAGCGACUUUAUGGCAACUAAUUUAUACCAACAGUAUAAAUGAUAUAAAACUAUCAUAAAGUAUGAUUCCAUCACAAAGGUAUUAGACUACAGACUUGAAAAAGAUCAUGAAAAAAACUAGACGAAAAUUAAGCUGGCUGUCUUGCUUCGGACGUCGAUCUAAAAGCUACCAAGUCAACGAGACGCGCCGUUUGAAUGCUUUUACAGUUGGCGACGUAAGUUUACACGAUAUUAUGUACAUUAAAAUGUGUUAACAACUUUACAGCAUACUAAAAUGCUUUAUAUAAUGGCUUAUAAAAUGUAUGCAGUUUGUAUAUGCGUGUGGCUCACGACUCCGCAUCACUGCAUAUCUUUACUUGGUUGUGGGAAAAUAUUAUCGCGCGGGUCAUUACGUUUGCUCUCGAGUUUAUAAAGUUCACACAUCUUUAUUGAAUUCCGAUGUCGUGAAACUAUCUAGUUUACAUAAAUUAAUAGCAACGAAUUGGCUACAAGCAAAAUGGAGCACUCGAAUGUGCUAUACAACGGGCAGAUAUAUAUUAUAUUGUAGCAUUAACAGUUGCAAUAAAACCGGAAGCGGCCAUGGUUCCAUUCUGAAAACAUGACUCAUGGAUUAUAUACCUUAGAUUUUUAAACAGUUAGGCCCUCUCUGCAGGAGUUUGCUUAAUUUGAUAAAGGCAUUCAGUUCCCAUUCAAAAGUGAAAAGCAAUGCCGGUGUUUUGAAGUCGAAAAUAAAGUCAAAACGGCCGGCUUUAAUAAACGUGCUAUAUCGCAUCAGGCCUUUUGGUGUUGUAACGCGAAAAAUGGGACGGAAUGCUGGAAUUAUGGUAUUUAUGUUUGCACAUUGUACAUAUUUUGUGUUUGUACUUUUGUAAAGGGUGAUUUGUUGGCUAAGGCUCAAUGUUUAUAAGAUGUUUUGAAGUUCAAAUCUAUUCCUGCAUCAAAAAUCGCCAAACUAAAGUGGGAAUUGAUUUUGUACUGCUAAACUUUUACCAUAAUCUAUCAGUUUUGACUUACAUGUUGGGAAUGUUGGCAUGUUUAAGUGUAUAUGUUUUGUUUGUUUAAUCUACUAAAAUCAGCUAAAUAUCCCAUCGACAAUUCAGCAAUUAUACUAACGUGUAACAGACUGUUUUUAUAGUUUUUUGGAUGAGUUUGAUGUAAAAUAAACACGGAAAAUUUUUUUCGAUUGCCGAUAACUUGUCUGCAUGGUAGUGACACAAGCGCGUAAUGGCGAUGUUAAAUGUAAUUUGAAAUUUCAUGGCGUUCCAAUUUUUAAAUGGGUUAUGUUUAUGUCAAAAUCAUUUCAAAAAUUGACUUAAAGAUUGUCAAUUGUUGAUUCAGUAGUAAAAUAAUUAAAAUGAAGAUAAAAUAUUGUAUGAAUAAAGUGCAUAUUGAACGUUUUCGCAAGGUAAACUUGGAUCACGUCUUCAUUUGAUGCAGUUCUUUAUACGAUUUGAUGCAACGCGUUAUACGCAUUGCUCGGCAUUCAACCAAUAGGUUUUUGACGAAUCGCGGCUUAACUCAGUCCACUAAAACAUCCAAUCUAUACUUCUAUUAAAGUUAGCACAAAAAUCUAAACGAAACUAUAGCUAUUCAUGCAUUCAUGAUGCCUUUAAGUAUAUAUCAUGUGCAAAUAAAAGUGGUUCGAGCAUUUUGGAAAAUAGGCACCGGUUUCCAAAAAAUGUCAAGUAUUAAAGUUUCCCGGCUUGAUAAACAACCCAAGUUCCAUGCGGAUCUGCCAAGACCCAAGAUAAACAUGACAGAGUCCACUUCAUAGACAUUCAGUAUGUUCAGUGUCUUCAGUAAGGGUCAAAUUCUUUCUUGCGAAAAUGUUUGGUCGAGUCAAACUCAUGUCAUGAAGCACGCCGUUCCAACUAUAAGUUCGCUCUUUAAAAUAUACUGUACAAGGUUUCCUCACAACUCACGAGAUGUUGUAUAUUUGGCUACGUACCAUCUCCAAGUUUACCAUGCCCAUAUAUGAUAUAUCACCAAUAUUCGAUCAUCGCAAUCUUCGUGGCAAACACGGCAAUUUCCGCCGAUAAUAUACCGCCGAAAAUGAAAUUAUCAACAGCACGUUUUUGCCAAUGCGUGAGACAAUGUCAAUGGUUAUCACAAACGCUUCAUAUUUACUGCAUGCAUGCUGUAAGAGAAUUUAUCAACUAAAAUAACAAGUGAUUAUGCAUAUAAUACACUAAUAUUUCAGUCAAAUAAUCCAAUAAGCAUUGCCAUUCGUUAUCAUAACUUGCAUCUAUAAAUUGUCAUUUUGGGACAAAAAUUGCACGGCUCGACUACUGUCUACUGAUUCCGAAAUCUAAGAUAUGGACGUCAAUUUCAGUUUAUGCGGAACUGCAAUUCUAUAUUCCUAAGCGGUUUGUCAGGUUUGAGAUAUCAUGUAUGCACGCAGAACUGAAUCUUUAAUCUUUAUCUGCACUCACUGCAGAUAGUUUAUACUUUGAAGCAGAGGUAUACUUAUUCAACAGAUAAUUCACUGGUGAUUCAGUUCAGCUUGUACAUUUGUACUUUCUGUAAAAUCUGUACUCGAUGAAAAUGAUUUUUUAUAUUAUUAAGAACGUUAAUAAGGUCAAUUAAUGAUUGUAUUGAUAUUGAAAUGUUGCUUCAACGGACUGUUGAACUUCAACCGUUUUCGACAAAUUAUACAGAAGGUUAUAAUGAAGGCGGCUUGCUAAAACGGCAAAUUCUGCGUCUCGUCGGACGAACACGCAAAUUAAUAUUUAAAGCAACAGUUUUAGCAUGUAUGUAGAAAAGAAAUAGCUCGUCAAAACUCAUAUAAGGCUUAAAGUUAAGGUUUUAGACUCAAGCUGAUUUACGCUAUCGAUACAAUAAUUUAACAUGUUGUCGUGAUGUUAUUGAUUGUUUAGAAAUGAGCUUGUACCCUUCUGUUCUACAUAUUUUGUUCUAAAUAUUUUGGUCAAGAUUUUGUGAAAUUGUAAAUUUUUAACCUUUUUUGCAUAAACCAAAUACGUAAACAAACUUAUAUGCAAUCCAUAGUCAUGUCAUAACAAUCUUUCUAAACUAUUGUCAUAUGAAUUGGGGAAAAUAAAUAAAGGGUAAUUUAUAUGUUUGUUGCGACAUUGGUGCAUACUUUGUUAAAAGGGCACCUACUGAUUUUCAUUUGCAUCAUAAACCAUCGAAGACAAUGCUUUUGAAGUGCAUUUAAUUAAAUUAUAUAUGAUUGCAUAGUUCAGACACUCAGACACACUUCAGUUUAGUUGUCAUAGUUAAACUCUUCCAAAAUCUGCAUAAGCACACACUCGAAUUCACCUCAAUUUCAGCACAUCGUCAUCGGUUAUCAGUUGAAAAUGGUCGAUACAAACACUAUUUUUUACUGCGAGUUGUGAAUGAACAACAUUAUCCAUAAAUGUCAUGAGAAAUGCAGUGUUUGUGUACCCCUAAGGAAUAAUUUUAUUGACAGUUCGAAUAAAAUCAAUAAAUCAUUUAUGUUAUUCAAUUUACCAGACCUAUUUCAAUAUGUUAUGGCUAUGCCUUGAGAUAGAAACAUUUUUAAAAUUUCUACCAAAUACUGUUCAAGACAUAGUAGCAAUGUUUGAUCUACUAUACAAUCUUACGAUUAGAUAUAUUUAUGUAAUUGAGAGGGUAUAGUAUUAGUUGUUAUCUAUUAUCUUGUAAUUUGUUUGUAUGCUUUGUACCGUUUUUGGUACUUUGUUUGGAGUAAAUUAUUAUUAAUUAUUAUUACUCGAAUCUAACCCACCGAUCUAAUGUCGUAAUGAUCUAACCCCAUUGACAUGGUCUCUAUACAAGCUGUAUGCCUAUAUAACGAACAAAGGCUAUAUAGUUAGCCUCUACUGAUACAUUCCAAGUCACAAGCUGCAAACCUACUCAACGUUUAAUUAGAAAAGCUUCUUGUUUUGUACAAUACAAAAUGGAUUUGGUGAAUAAAGUGCCGCCAUAUACCAAGCUAGCAUAUGCUUGUCGUUCAACAAAUGCCACCAUGCCAAACAUGUUAAAUUGUUAAUGAUCUUAAUGUAUGUGAUAAGUUGCCAGACGUGAAAAUCCAUGACCAUGUUUAGAAUAUUGAUUGUGUAAACAUCAAACUCUUGAGUGUGUUGAUAUUGGUAUAGCUGAAGUCUACAGGCGGCCAUUCUGUCAACGUUGCCAUGAUUCUGUCUGUCAAGGUAUUGCUAAACGGGCGAAUACAUUAUUUGGAAAGUAUGAUUUCCCUUAAAAGUAUAUGCUAUUUUUGAACAACCACUUACGGACUAUAUCUAUGGAAUGUUUUCAAUGUUUUACCGGUUAUCUCAUAGAGAGCUAUAUCAUCUAACGACCACGGCAAAAUAUUAGAGUCAUUAGAGUUAUAGGUAAAUCGAAAAAGCUCUCUGUAAUUGACCCAUUCGAAAACUAUAGCUACCCACAAGAGUUUGAGGUUGAAAACAACCCAUGCGAGCGAAAUUCCUCUGAAUAAAUAGAGGGAAUAGCCCUUUGAAAUGUGCAAAAAGCACCCAAAAACAAGGCUAUAUUUUUGGAGUUAAACCUUGAUUGGAGCUUGCUCUGUUGUUUAACUCCUCGUAUAAUGAUGUAUAUAAAUACGGCCGAUCGCAAGCUUAUUAAACUAAAAACGGCUAAAACUAUAUAGUCAGGCUUGUUUGCUAAAUCUACCAUAAACUUUGGUAUUUUUAACAUUUAGUUUCUCAAGGAAUGGUUUAUAUUUAUACUUUAUAAAACUGUUAUAGUGGCUUGAAAUAUUCUAUAAAGCAUCAGUGAUUACCUUGGUUGAAAUUAAUUUUGGAAGAAAGAAUGACAACUAUUAUAUGCAAGUGUUAUAUAAUUGUAUGCAUGCAUGGUUUCACUUGAAAUUAGUCUAUAUUUUUCGUACCUUUUUCGAUUUCUUUGGACACGAACGGCGAAAUUUUUGCCAUCAAAGAAUAACCCGAGAUGUGGUUUCUAAAUUCUGAAUAAAUAAAAGAUAUAUAUGUAUUAGGUACGACCUAGCUCGUUGACGAAAAAAGAUAUUCAGGGGUCGGUUGUAUAAAAAAGUGAUUAAAGUUAACUAUAGUUAGUGGAAACGUCAUCCAAUAGGAAGCGCGUAUUUGAGAGUUAAUCACUAUUUAACUACAAAAUAGUGAUUAAAAAAGUGAUUAAGAGUUUUAUACAACCGGCCCCUGUAUUUUAGGUUAACCAAAACUGCGUGUAGGUUCAGCUUAUAGGACAGCUAAACUAAGGCCCGGGGUAAACUAAAAAAAGUUUUACGGGAAGUCAUUGUUUUCGUGUCAUGUUUCCCAAAGGUGGCCCAUGUUUCUCAAAAGUGGACAAACCAAGAAACAUUGUUUCCGAGCCAUGUUUUCCAAAGCCAAGGUUCACAAACCAGAAGACAUUGUUCCCUAUAGCCAAGUUUCCCAACGGUGGGCAAACCGGGAAAAAUUGUUUCCCAACCACUUUCCCCAUGGUUGGACAAAACAGAAAAUAUUUUUUCCGCAACAAAAAUAACACUCGUGCGCGAACUGCAGGGAACCAAAAGUGUUCCUGAAUUUAUUGGGAAACAUUUUUCUUCCUGGGAAGCAAAUUUAUUUCCGACACAUUUUUUUCAAGCGUGGGAAACCAUGAGAUAUAACAUCGUAUAAUGUUUAAAUAUUUCCACAACAACAAUAUUCCAUGCAGGCUUAAGAAUUGAAAUUGCGGUAUUUGUCCUAGCAGUAUGUGAUAUCGCGACCGAGGUCAGCUGUUACCUGUUUCACAUAAUUUUAGCUGGACCGUUUAAGCGGGGGAGUUCGAUUCAGUAUGCCAACAAGAACCCGAUGCAGCGUACGUGAAUGGCUUGCGCAAGAUAAGAUCAAAUCAGCGACGAUCUACGCACAUGCAAGCAUUCAUGAUUUAGUUGUGUUUACUGAUAUCGAUUGCUAUGGCAAUUCUCUUUUGCGGAUUAUAGGACAUGUUACAAUUCACGUUUACAUUUUCACCUAAUUAACCUGUUCCGCGUAAAGUCGCUUAUCAUUUUAUUCCAGUAUUAUCAGCGCGGAGGAAAAUUGUCAUCAACAGUAUUGCGUACUUUGCGCGAAUCUAUAAACCUCUAUGUGACUUUGUCGCUCACUGAAUUAAAUUGUCACGUCGGGCAUUUUGAAAUCAAUAUUUGACUCUGUUAAAAUGUGAUUUAUUAAGACCUCUACAUUUUUCUCCUGGUUCUUCUACAAUGCAAGAAAUGCCGUUUCAGACACCAUGCAGAGCAUGCCCCCGGAUCCUCCUAGAAUUGUGACUCGCAAAGUAUUAAGUUGUCCCGCCCCCUCAAAACAAAAUCCAACCGGCGCCAAUGUUUAUAGCCUGCGUAGGCUAAGAGGUUUAUAUUUCUAUUACUAUUACUGCCCCUAUAUUUUUUGGUAAGGGAUGCCAAAUCGAUAUGCAUUCAUGCAAACACGCCGAACAGCCUUUGAAGUUUGAAAUAUUCAGAUGUUGGCAUUGUCCGCAAUCCAACAUUUACAUAUUUUCCAAAUCGGGAGAGUCGGAAUAGAAGAGAAAUCUCGUACGAGACUCUUUAGCCAGGAGCCGAUUACCCCUAGGAGGCUACCGAACAAUAUGUGGGCUUAUACCACAAGCCAGAGCACCAUCAAACUAAAAUACAGUGUCGUAGUGAAGUAGUACAUCUCUUUUGUUAUUUAUUCUUUAGUGCAUUACAAAUCGUAACAAAAUAUUACAGUUUUAAUUAAAUGGAUAUAGGAAAAACCGACUGCAGGGUUUAGCGCACAAAACAUGCAGCAAUUUUUUGCCACCUGUAAACUUGCAUGAGUUAUAAAUAAAGUAGUAGGCAGGUAGUCAAGCCGCAUCACUCACAAACAUACAAUGUUUACACGUAAAAGCAAGGUCAGAGGAAAUAAUACAAUCCUUAUAAAGUGGAUUCCUUAUUAUCAAUGGAUGGAUAUUUUACCGUACAACACAGUUGGAGAUAGUAUAGGUAGUAAUUAGGCUUCAAUAUAAUUACAAUGUGAAAAAUGCUUAAGAAAUAUUUGGGUGAGUAAAACGGAGGAUUAAUUCGUACUUUACUAAGAAGUGAACUCGUUGCUAGACCAAGUGCAUGUUAGUACAUGCAAAUUUCUGUUAAGCCUAGUUUUCAGUUAUCGCAAUUCAUCGGUGAUGCUCAACUAAGCUCCAUUUUGACAAUGGCUAUUGGUGUAUAAAAUUCUUUGUCUAUCGGGAAGGAUUUUCUUUCUCAGUUGAUUGAUCACCGAGAAUGGACCACGAGAACAUCGCUAAUGAAUUACAGGCUACGAUGAAUUGUGAUAUAUGAAAACCAGGCUUUAACUACGUAAGAUGAGUCAUCAUGAGAUUUUUAUUUCACUAUGAACUCUGAUGCUGCAAACUAUCAUGCCUGUAUUUUAUACUGUCAGCCCUCGGUGAAAAAGAUAACGGUUUUAUAUCUCCAAUUAAAAACCAUCAACAUAUGCGAAUGUGUAGCUUGUAGAAAAUUCUGGAAACGUUCUUGGCUAAGCUCUUAGAAAAAUAGAAUAUAAAACGAAAUCAGAAACAGUUGGUCUAGCAUAAUGAUUGUGUAAUAGGAUCGGAAUAUACAGUACAUGAAUUUAACCUCUUAUUUUGCUCAAUAUAUCUUUGGUUUUUCAAGAUGUUUUCAUUUCUCGAAUUUUGUUUUAUAUUUUGUCGGCUGGUUCUGGCUUUUAGAAAAACAACAUAAAAAUUAACAUAUAUUUACCUACUUAGCAGCCCGGUUUCAAUACUUUACGUAUCUAAUGGUUCACAUUUUCCAAAUAACGUAAGCAUUUCUCUUUAGAAUGUGUGCUAAACACAGUCUGAAACUUUUUAGAACCACUGAGUAUUUUAACAAAAUACAAAACAAGUGAAACUCCAAAAAUCGAUAACAUUUUUAUUUAUCAAUGAAAAAUAAAAAUGUCAUCGAUUUUUGGAGUUUCAUUUGUUUUGUAAACACAGUCUGUACAGCUCACUAUUCGGCACUCGGCAAUUCCAAAGGCAUAUUGAGAAUGUUCUGACUUGCCUCGGCAAAAAAUUCGCCGAUUUUGCCAAGGUAAAAAUACGCCAACUAAGAGGGCUGCUAGUAAUUUCGUUUAGCGUUAACAUAUAUUAACCGGUUCACUUAGCUAGGCUUGCUUUAUUUUCCUGUUAGGGAAAAAAGACGAUUUGGAAUCAUGGCCAACAUCUCCGGUGCUGCACAACGAAGAAACGAACGUUCGAGAGAAGGAGAAAGCUCACAAAUAUUACGAAAGGCAAUUGAAAGCUUCUAGUUGGUACAUACAGCCGCCGCAGAGGACUUGGAUUGAGAUUGUCGAGCCGGGUGAUGGCGAGGAUACUUGUUCCCAGUGUUACUAUGACGACGCAUGUGGUUGCGUGCUAGUGAGUAACCAUGGUAACGUAACCCCAGCCAGUAGGAAGUCGGGUCGGAGCUCAUUCGGCGAUACGCUGAGCGUCUGUACAAGGGCUUCGGGAAUUUCGAAAAAUUCGACCGAAGAUGAGAAAUCGUUUUAUGAUAAUUUAUGUCAGUUUUGUAAGAUCACGAGUCUGGAACGGCGUACCAAGAAAUACGGGGAAUGGAGACGAAGGUUCAGCGCAAAGCUGGCCGAGGCUCGGUCCCAGGACGACGGCGAGGAACGGCGGGUGUGCACAUGCGCAAUGGAUAACCUAUCCUUUAUGGAAUGGAAGAAAAUUUAUGAACAGGAAGAGUUAAUUAAGCUCUCUAAAGCGGAUCAUUUUCACGAGGACUCCCAAACAGAAUUGCAUUCGGAUUACGGAUGCAAAUAUGAUACACAAAAAUCAGAAAUGCAUUCGGAUUACGGAACCCAGAAAUCAAAAGACAGUGCAAGUACAGUGGUUUACCAAGACUAUCCAAGUUUGACGGUGAAAAGUUCCUCUCUAGGAUACAACAGCCUAUCGUCAAUUCCUUAUACAGAGCGAGAUAUGUACUCCGAGUCAGAUUACACAUCUACGGACGCGUCGGAGUACGAGGAGUAUGGAAACGAGUGUACCGGUUCUGAUCUCCACGCGGGAAGGACACGCCUGCAUCCUGCGUUGCGCGUGAUUCGUGGAGCCACGCGGGACAGCGAGGACGAAGUAUUCAGCCGUGGAAACUCAAUGAAACGCGCAAGCCAGUCGAAACGACACAGACGUGCCAGGUAUAGGAAUUCUAAUUCGUUAAAAACUAAAGCUCAUUUGCAUAAAGAACGCCCAACUAAAUUUCAACACGAGGUAACACAGAAUAAUGAACGUUCCGACAGAUACGAAUUUCGCUCUGAAGGAGGGACAAAACAAAAACGCUCCGAAGACAAAGACUGCACGAUUAUCGACGACGCCGAAAACCCGGCCAAGGUUCCUAUGGAAAACGACGAAACUCUUCCGCCCGAUUUGUUGUCAGAAUUCUUAACGAUUGCUCGGACGAUAGACGAGUUCUACGAAAACAUUCACACGAAAAAAUUCCUAGAAAAUCGAAUCUUGGAUACAUCACGUGAAAGAAUUACCGGCACGAGUUCAUCACGGGACCAUGUUGACGUCACAGGGUCAUCAUGUGACAGAGUUAAUGACGUCACGAGUUCGUCACGUGAGAGAUUCACGACUUCAAGCAGCGGUAUCGAUAUGACGUCACGUGAGAGCGUCGUUGAUCGAACUGGGACGGAAAAUUUCUCGGCCGAACUUCGGAAACGAAUCCGAAGCCUCGAGAGACUUUGUUCGUUUGUCGAGUACAGCGACGAAGAAGAGGCGGAAUUGGGCGGAAGCCUUUUGGAGGAUGUGAAAGAGUUGGGAAAGACACCCAAAGAGGAGACGCCAGUUUGGAGAUUAAGUCAACAAAGCAUAAAUCUGACUCUAUCGCGGCGAAGUCGCUCGGGGACUAGUAGUGACUCUGCCAGCGGUCGGAGCCGACUCGCUUCAACCAGCGGAUCGGGCUCAGGCAACAGUCGCUGUUCUACCAGACAGGGAAACUACAAAAACUCUAAACCACCAAGCACAACGUCUGUUGAGAAUUUAAAAUCGCCCGACUCGGGAUUUUCGGACUCGUUGACGAGGCUAAAUUCCGCCGAUACGUGUCAAUUAGGUACCAAAUGGGCCGGUAGCAUGCAAUGGGACUAUAGUGACUGGCAUUUUUAUUACGGGGUGCCUUGUGAUGACGAGCAGAUAGAGAUACCAAAUGAUCAUACGGGAUUGAUGACCAUAGACGAGGCGCGGCCACAGGAUCCAUUGGACUGGGACUGGUAGUCAUGGCAUUGACAAUGACUCGUAUACAGUUACUGGAGUGCGAUAUUUCUAAACUGGUUUCUCACUAAACAUGCACACUGUGGAAUCCUGGUUGGGAUCUAUUUAAUACGAAACAAACCACAAUAAAUGUCAAAAAAGCCGAACAUAUUUUGAUAUACCGAACAUAUUUUGGUCUCUAUGUUCGGUAUAUGUUGAAUAAAAAGACUAUGUUAUUAAAAUACCCUCACCUACAAGGAAUAUAUUGAUAUGGGAGUUAUAUUUAGGCUUCUUAUAAUAAUAUUUAAAUAUACUAAUAUUGUAUUAUAUACUGCAAAAAAUAAAAUAUUAUCGAAACCGAGUUUUGAUGUGAAUGCCAGUUUUAAUGAUAAAAUAAUAAUACUGACCUCAGUUUCCAUCAGUGAAUCACCAAUUCACGAAGUUCUCAAGUACCAGCAGGUGCAACUGUAGCCCUGGUAAAACGAGAAUAAGGGUUGAUGAUUGUUUUAGAAGCGAGAGUUUGCAUGAGAGUUGACUGAUAACUCUCAUACCCCGGUCAAAUUGAGAACAAGAGUUGUAGUGGGACGGCUAAGUGAAAGUAUUGUGCAUUUUGUGAAGAAAGCACCACAUUGACAGGAUGUGUAGAC